CCUUCCGUCACCAUCAAAGAACGUUUGGCCUCUGUACAAGGCCCUCGGGUCUUCCCAUGGCUUUUGUCGGUGGUAGUUUUGGGUGCAGCGCCUCUGGGGUUUGCAGCUUAUGUUCUCGCGGAUGAGAUAUUGCAGCGACGAAAGGCCACUCGACUUGGUACCAGAUUCAUUCCUCAUGUCCAGGGCAAAUGGCCCGGAAAUCUGAACAAGAUAGUGAACGUAGUCCUGAGGCUCAAGAACGAAUACCUUGGUAUA